AUGGCAAGCCCACACCACCUCCUCAACACAUCAUGGACAUCCCACCGUCUCUCCCCACUCCACUACGAAAUAGAGCACGAGGCCGGAUCAGUCCUAGAGCCAACUUCUCUCCUCGCCAACAAGGCAGCCCUGGACACCUACGCCGCCCGCCUGAGAGACCACCUCACCAACUCCCUGGCCGUGGCCGGCGCGCCAGCCCUGCAAGAUGACCCAGCAACAUCACCAACCCUCGGCGCCCUGCAAGCUUGCACGUGGGAGACGCUUUCCUCGCUCUCGUUUCUGGAUGCGAAUGCGCAAGAUCAGGGGGACAAACCAGCCGGUCUCUUGAUCACACUCACCUACGAAAAUGCGACAUACAAAGCCGCCUUACUUGCUGCCCCUGGUCCUGGCAGAGCACAGGAUCAACAGCAGAAGCAAAAAGAGCAAAAAAAGCGCAAAAGAGGCCGUCCCUCCCUGAAAUCUUCAACGAUAACGACAAUCCCUGCGUCAACGCACCUCCCGCUCCUCCUAACGCGUUUUCCCAAACCACUCCGGGAGACAUUUAUCUCUUUCCUGUCUUCGAACUUCGACACGUAUGUUUCGACUCUACGGAUUCCCAGUCCUGCUCUCUGUGGUGCUUUGGGACGCUAUGUCGAGAGUCUAACACCCGCUGGCGAAAACGCAGACGCAGACCUGGAAGAUAUCGUCCGCGAAAUGCAUCUCACGCUCUCGUUUGCACCGCCUAUCGCGCCCUCGCUCAAGGCUUUGAAUAUCAGUAUCCCAAGAGAUAGGAUCGGGGCGUUCCUGCACGGCUCGACGUCUUCUUCGAUUACUCCUGGGAGUUCUGUACUCUCUGGUCUCUCUGCGUACCUAUCGAAACAUCUCGCUAUGGAGUUGGGAUUAUCGCUACCGGCUGGUGAAGCUACCGGUAGCGCUACUGGGCCUUCGUCUACAUUGGUUGGUGGAUAUGUGCGGCUAACGAGGGUUGCGUGUGCUGGGUUUGUGGUUACGGGUGAAGGGAGACUGAAGAUUGUUGCGAAGGGCGAGAGCGGAGAGGGCGAUGAGCGGAAUAGAGGUGCAUUGAGGGGUGGAGAAGCGCUGCUUAGAGCUGUCUUGGAGAGGGCUGUGAUGGGAAUUGGGUUUGAUAAGGAGACGCAGGAUGAAGUUCAUAUAUGA